AUGGUCGAUCGUAAAAAGAUAAUCGUAUGUUAUCGUCGGUAUCUACUUGUUUCACAUCAUCAACAAUUAUGGCGUCGUCUUUUUUUACGUCCUGAUUGUACAAAUGGUCAUAUUGGUGCAGUUCAUGUUCGACAUAUUGAUAAAUUUAUUUCUAUGCUUGGUACACGUUGUGCAUCAUCACUUAUUUAUAUUGAUUUACCUGUUGAAUUAGUUACAGUUGAAAUUUUACGUGUAUUAGCAUUACAUUGUCCUAAUUUAGAAUAUUUAACACUUGAUUUUUCAUCAGCAAUGCAAUUACAUGAUUUUAGUGAAUUGAAUGAAUUUCCAUGUAAUCUUAAACGUUUAUGUAUUUGUUUAUCUGAAGUUAUUUUUCUUGAAGCUUUUAUGCGUCGAAUUUAUGGAUAUAUAUCUUCAUUAAACACAUUACAUAUUAUUGGUACAAUAGAAAAAACUUCAAUAUCAUCAUCAGAAGAAGCUGAUACAUUUGAAACAAUAAAUAUAAGUAAAAUAAAAACACAUGCACCAAAUUUACGUGUUAUUAAUUUAUAUGGUAUUGGUUUUAUUGAUGAUAAUCAUAUUGAACUAAUUGCAUCUGGUUGUAUGCAUCUUCAAUGUCUUGCAUUAAAUUUUUGUAUUAGAAUACGUGGAACAAGUUUUAAAAAUUUAAUGAAUCGUUGUACAAAAUUACAAUGUUUAUUAUUACAAAAUACGGGUAUUCAAGAUGAAGCAAUGGUUGCUGUUAAUUGGUCAUCAACUCAACUUUCUGAAUUAGAUAUUUCAUCAACAGAAUUAAGUGAAAAUGGUCUAUUGGAUUUUUUUUCUGUUGUACCAAAACUUACAUAUUUAGCAGUUUCUUAUUGUGAUGGUUUUACUGAUAAGGUAUUAAAUUUAAUAAUCGAUCGAGGUACAUUAAAUGGAUGUCGAGCACUUGAUUUAAGUAAUACAGUAAAUUUAAAUGUUGAAACAGUACAUCAUUUAUUAACAUCAACACGUCAUGUUACUUAUCGACUUGAAGCAUUAAAUUAUACAGGUCAUGAUGAUAUUACAGAACAAUUUUGGAUUGAUACCAUACGAUUUCUUCGUCGAAUUAAUUAUGUACGUGAAACAAUGGAAGAAACAGGAGCUGCAAGAAAAUCAGUGAGAGAUUUUCCACAGAAACCAAAGCGUUCUAUUUCACAACUUUCACUUGAUCGUAGUCCGAAAAUGACGACAAAAAUUAUUCAACACUUUUCAAGUAAUUUCUUUAUGUACAUUUCAGACUUUCGUAUUGUGAUGUACCUGCUAUCUCUUCUAGGUAAAACUGACGUCGACCAUAAGUCAAAUCGUCACAAACAGAAACGUUGUAUAUUUUGUCACAUGAAUAAAAUUCGAAAGAUGACUACUUAUCAAUGUAAAACUUGUGAUGGACAACCAGGCUUUUGUUUUCCAGACUGUUUUGAAAAAUUUCACCUACUUUCACGUAAAAAUAAUCAAUAAAUAAUAAAUUAAAUAGUAAAUAUGAUCGAGAAUCAAAAUGCAUCUCAAUAAAGAAAUGAAAAAACCAAUGAACAUGUGUCAGUAAAGCGAAUGAAUGACUGUCAUCUUUGUGACAGUUAGACCACUAGUGUUUUCUUGAUAUCGAUCAUAUGAUAUUCGUCGUCUUAGAGGACGACAGAACGCAAAAUUUUUUUUUUCGUUCUGUAUGUCAUCUCGUAGAUGACAUGCCGGAUUGAAAGGGUUAAAGUACUGUUUAGAACAUUUCAAUCCAUGAUUCAACUCCAUUCUGGAUCAUCGUGUCAUCAAUAUUCUUUUUGUUGAUAUAUACCGACAAUGAAGCAGUUUUUCUCACGUCAAAUUCGUCGAUGGAUAUUGUUUAUAUUGUUGCUUAUUUUAUUUAUUUUCGGGUUUAUUUAUAUGAAUAGAACAAGACAACUGUAUGUCAUAUCUACACCAACACCUGUUCACUUCAGUACAGAAGCCUAUCCUUGUUGGAGUAAUAGAAGAGGCAUUAACAUUACAUUUCUUGCCUCUCGUCCUUUUUGUAUACAUUUAUUGUCGAAUGACAUUGUCUCAAAUUCAAUCGCUAAAUCUGGAUCAUGAAUGUCACAUCAGAUAAAGUUUAUUUCGUUGCUGUUAGGGAAUUCUCCGUCGAAACCCGCCGUUUUCGUAGAUAUUGGUGCUAACAUCGGCUGGUUCACCCUGGUCAUGUCAGUACUCGGUCACAAGGUGAUAGCAAUAGAGCCAAUGGAUAUUAAUGUUAAGCCAAUACAAACAUCUCUACAGGCAUCACAAGUGUCGCAAAAUGUUAUUGUGCAUUCAAAUGGUCUUGGUACAAUGCCGGGCAAAUGUAUACUCUAUAGUGACAAUCGCAAUAUUGGUGAUGGUCACGUGGUUU